AAUCCUAGAGCAAGACCUGCGACCCAGCCUUCUCCAUUAAUCACCAUCUGGCUAGUUGUUGUACAUUGGUACAGGACUAGCAUCCACAGCAGAGGGUUCUUUGCAGGCAAAAGAGCUCUCUUCCACACCCCGGGCCUAAGCAGCCCGUCACAACACCUCCGCCUUGCUAGGGAUUGGCAUCGCGUGAGGACUGAGGAACAACCAACGAGGUUAAACCACGGCGGUGGUUUGCGCUUGCGUACUUGCGGGAGAUACCGGAUACCAAGUGGCUCAUUCACUUGAGCUUCACAUACCACCACCAGGAACCAGGACCCCUUCCCCGGAUCUCAUCUUGCCGACAAUCAGCGACAAUGCUGCCCGUGACCUCUUCAUCAAUACAAAAGCGGCGUCAGACCCAUCGACGCCAGCAAUCGUUAGAGGUGCCCAUUCUUGCGACGCCCAUGCCCACACACAGGAGGACGAACUCGAGACCCACCAACCACCGGCGGGGCCUCAGCGUCGACCAAGCCCUGAGUGCCAUGAGCUCGCCCUCGCAGUUUCGUCCUCUCCUGCCGCAAGACGCCUAUCACGGGCUGCCUUCUGGAAUACCACUACGGACCCACACCCCACUGGAUACUAACACAGCACAAUACGCCCUCCAGGAGCAACAACAUCAACAGCAUUACAACAUCAAGCAAGAACCGCAGUCGCAUAGUCUGCCACCGCCGCUUUCCGCGCCGCCGCUCGCGCACCCUCAACCUCAAUCUCAACCUCAAGAUUUUCAAUCCCACCUCCAUCAACAGCUGAACGGCAUGUUUUCUCCCAACACAGCCGCCAUCAGCACCGAAUCCCAGCAGACUGCCGCGUACCAGAGCCUGCAGAGCCACAUGGCGUGGUACGCACAGCAGUUUGGCAAUAACUCGCCGAACCCAUCCUUCAAUGGGCAACAGAGUCAGCCAGUCAUCCAAGUGACGCAUCCGCUCAAUGGUGACAUGUCUGCGCCUGUCUACCUGUCGCAACCACAGAUGCAAGUCGCGUCGCUCGCACACGGCCAGUCACAGACUGUGCCCAACACGCCGCAGAACCACAGCUGGCCGAGUCCGCCACCUUCGAAGCACCAACGAAGUCAGAGCUAUCAACUUGACGUCGCCCCGAUGGCCCAACAGCAGGGCCAGCGUCAACAAGUCUACGAACUUGACGGCUCUUUCAGCUUCAAUGGCGAAACCGACUACGCAGCGUCAUACUCGUCCUCCCUCGCCGACCCGUCGUCGCCUCCACAACAACACAGCACACCUAUGCCGACGUUGUACGAAGAGCCAUCCGCUGACUUACUCCUCCAAGCUGCCGCUGGAGCUGAACAGGACUUCAAUAGCCCUCAUUUCAUGGUAGGUGGCGGCCACAUGUGCCCAGAGCAGGCCGCACUUGACGCAGCAGGUAUCGACGCGACCUACAUCGACACCGGCAUCAGCGAAGAGCAGAUCAAUUCCUGGCUCGUACACCCUGUUGGCAAAGGCGAUCCAUACCGAUGCAAGUGGGAAGGCUGUGACACAGCCAUCAACCGCAAGGAGAACGCCCGUUCGCACGUCCAGAACCACCUUGACGAUCGUCGUUUCCGAUGCAACCCAUGCGGAAAGCGCUUCAACCGACUUCACGACACCAAGCGACACCACUUGACGCACACCAACGAGCGUCCUGCGGUCUGUCCGUGCGGAAAGACAUUUGCACGCGCCGAUGCGCUCACACGCCACCGCCAGCGCGACAUGUGUGAAGGUGUAUUGCCUGGAUUCGAGAAGAUUGACGAGGAGAAGCCUAAGCGCGGGCGUCCGAAGAAGGAUCGAUCUGGCGAGGGUAACAUGUCGAAGAGGUCCAGCAGACCAGAUAUGGACACACGCGCGAGAAAGGCCGCACUGGCACGCGCGAUGGAUCAAGCCAACGGAAGCCAAUCUGGCAGCUUCAGCUCCGCAGCGAGUGAGCGCAGUAUGCCAGAUACUCCACCGCAGCAGUCGGAGGCAAUGAGCGCUCACGAUUUCCUCGACAUGGACCAUCCGGACUCACAGUUCAAUGCGGCCACUGGCUCAUGGAUUGACACGCCGCCGACAUCGCCACCCUCAGCUGCCCACAUGCAGCUCUCAAAGCCCAAGCACUUUGAGCUGAGCAUCCCUCUGGAGAAGGUCGUAUCGCCUGCGAAAUUGUCAGCACGUGCAUCGCCUUGCCCUACCACCAAGUCACACCAUGAUUCACACCAAGAUUGCUCCAGCCCAGCUGCGCGCAACAAUAGCAGUUUCGUGAGCUAUUCUUCGCCAGCGGCGUAUCACGGCUUUCACGGUGGCUCAAGUCCACUCGAUGGUGUCGACAUCUUCAACGAGGCUGUCGAUUUUGACGUGAUGGAUUCGCAUCCAGAUGUUGGCCGCCAGGUCUUCUCGCCACCAGGAGAGUCCUGCAGUGGUUCCAGCGUCUACAACUCGGACUACGACGCCGUGCACGUCACCGCUGCCGUCAAGCCACCCGCCCACAUGACCACGAUCUCGGAGUACGGAGUCACGAACACGAGUCGCAAUCCAUUCGAUCUGGACGACUCCAUCACAAACAUGGACGACUCGUACAGCGACAUUCGUGACAUCCUCGAUUCGUGGAUCUCGACUACCGGGACGUAAGUGUGGUGUGCAUUUUUGACAGAUUGACUGCAAGCGUUCCGAGCGAUUGACGACCCUGUACGAUGCAUAUGGCGAGCGCACGAACUGUGACGAUACCAAAGACUGGACGGGGGAACCUAAUUACGACCGUGAACGACACGACACGACUGCAUAUGGGAGCGAAAAUGGACAUGAGAUGGGCAUGGCCAGUGAAAAGCUAAGGCUUUUUGCUGGAAUUGGCGUUUUUCGGCGCAAAAAGAGAGGAAAUCUUUUGCUUCUUGACACACAUCGACUGGACGGCGGAGCGAAAAUGUCACAACUUGCAUUUCCUGUUGGCGACGACGGGAAAAUGCAUUUUGGUUUUCGCUUGGCCUGACAAACAAUCUUUUGAAAUGUUUUUGUGCAAGCGUUCUGCGAGCGGACCUACUGCAAUGGAGUUUUAUGUGUGCAUGAUUGAGUGUUCGACGAUAUCAUGAACGUAUACGGAGAACACGAGGAACAUGUACACUACGAUCCAUGCGACGGAACGCUACUUGUGAUUUUUGGGCGAAGCGGAUAUAUAGCGUCUUUCUUAGGUAGCAGUCCUUGGUUUUUGGUCGGUUUGAGUUGGCUGGUAAGGCUUUGACUCCUGGCUGGGGAUUGAGUUGAACUCCUUUUGAUGACGAGAAUUUUGUCUCCAUUCCCU